UUUUUAAUCGCCCGUCCUGCUAUGGGCCUCCCCGAGUUACUUGCACCUCGUGCUCCGAAAAAUUCAACCACCCUCUCUUCCCAAUCUUAUCGUUGCCCCAACCCGGCGGAACAUCCUCCAGUCUCCAUAUCAGAUUGCAUCUCUCCCACGACCACUUCCCCACCAGGAGCAGACCGCCGGGUCAACCAUCAAAGAGAGAGCCACAAGGGAUAGGGUGCAUGCGGUGCGGCCCUUCCCUUCUGUAAGGCCUGGAGCGGGAGCCAUAUCGGGAAUUGUAUCCGCCAGGCUAUAUUUACAGUCCUGAUCGUAAUGAACAGAUAGCUGGGCAUGUGAGCCUCCAUCGCGGUCAUGCGUGAGCUGAGAUUGGACUCUGGGUGGAGAGAAGACGCUGGAAGGGGAUAUGCCGGUUGGGUGGGUAAAGAAGGAUGCUGGAGGGUUGGGUGCCCCAACCGCAACGGUCGUCGAUACACAUGCUGAUGAGAACGUUCUCUCGUGUUCCAAGAAGAAUGUACUCCUAUUUUCUUACUAUACACUCC